CGAAUUUUGCAACAUCGAACUGAAUUUGAAUCAACAUUGAACAGACUCGUGCUGAAUAACGACAAGGCUGGCUUCUGUAGAGCUAUUUACAGUUGAAUUGAACUUGAUUUAUAACAACAAAAUUGGAAUGUGUCUCAUAUUUGAAUACGUUUGCAUCAUUAAUUUUGUUGUAGUAACUUGAUUUGACAAUUAAUAAUUAAUGACGAUACAUAUUUGACAUUUCUGUUAUUAUUAUUUCUAUUUUAUUUCCCCGUAGGAACUUAUUAUUAUGGAACUUUUACUAACAGUCACGUUUCCGCCCGGACCAAAACGUCAUCAGGAAGCGCGGCGGGCGGUGUUAAAAACAAACGUACACAUGUCGCAAGAAGAGAUUUCAGCCGCCUUCAGAACAGAAACAACGCGUUUUGAUUGUCUAUCAUAGUAAUAUUCCACCGACCAUUUGAGGAGCAACUGCCACCAGUAUGCCGAGCAGCUGUCCCGAGUGUGGCUCAUCUAAUGUGGUGGAGGAUGAUCUGUACUCUCAGAGGCAGUGGGUGUGUGUGGACUGUGGAUCAGUGGUCUCUGAGGGACAUCUGACCACCACAGUGAGCGAUGAGACCCAGGGCAGAGCUGUGCCCUAUCAUGCUUCCACAGAGGUGUUAAAGAAACCGUGUAGAAAUCUAAUUGCUGGCUUUUCUCGGGUCCGUGCGCUAUGCCGUAUCCUCCGGUUAUCCAGCGAUAUGGAGUCGGCAGUAGUGAGUCUCUUUGAGCGUGCGUACAACCACCCGAACUUCAUCUUUGUGACCUUAACCAAGAAAGAGAUCUUGGGAGGCUGUUGUGUACUCUCCGUCUGUCGCCAAUGCAACUGGCCUGUUGCCAUGGGAACCAUUGGUUACCUGUUGGGGGUGGACAAUGCAGCACUGGGCACUGUUUAUCGGGAGUUUACAAAGGCUCUGAACAUUGAGAUCAGCACUAUCGGCAUCAUGGACAUGCUGGAAAGCUUCUGCUAUGAUUUCAAGCUGGGUCCUCAACAGGUGGAAGAGGUGUUUGCUGAACCCGCCCAACGGCUGGUGGACCGGACGUCUGCUUUGAUUGAACUAGCCGCUGAUGCCUGGAUAGUGACAGGCCGCCAGCCUUUGCCCCUCCUCUUUGCAGCAGUGUAUUUGGCCUGGCAGUCGCUAAAUCCUACGGUGAGUGACGUAGCCUAAUAUUCUAAUAAAUGUGUCACGUCAGUGAUUAACACUGAAAGUGAGACACUUCUGAUCAAAGAUGAAAUCUGCAAUUUUGCAGUUUGCAAAAGUUACACACAAAAGUUG